CCGAUUACAAUGUUCUCUGAAGAGAACUCGAGAAACCGAGUUACCGGAAAAGCGGAAAUCGAUCGUGAAAACAGCGAUAUGCGAAAAAAGCUUCCUCUUCGCCACGACGACUCACGACGCAAGGACGUCGUGGUUGCAGUUCAACGGCAGCUCGAGCUCGAACUGGUAGCGCGAGGACGAGGACGAGGAAGAGGAAGACCAGAGGAAGUUAACAGAAGUAACGGAGGAAGCGGAGUGGGAACGAUAACGAUGGAAUCUCCAAUUAUUCAAUCGUCUCUCCGAGCUGGCCCGUUUAAACCGUUCUCUGCUCCUCAUCUGUUACUCGUCGACUUAGAAACGAACCGUUUUUCGAACGAGACGGCCGCGAUUCCACUCUCCUUUGCAUUUUGUCUCGUCUUGAUCGCGAAAACAAUCGACUAGAAUCUGAGAUCGAGAUCCUGGAGA